AUGCACUUCACCAAGUCUUUGAUCGUCCUUGCUGCGGCUCUCAUGCCCUCGGCCUUUGCUGCACUGCAGGCCGCCGAACCCACUGCCUCGGUCACCAGCACCAUCACCCUCGUGCCCUCCGGUUACACCUCCACCUCGUCGACCUCAUCUACCCCCAUCUCGACCUCAACCUCUAUCUCUACCACCUCGUUUUCGUCGUCCACCUCGACGUCCAUUUCCAGUUCUACUUCUACCUCCUCCGUGCCUGCUUGGACCCCCAAGCCCACCGGCACUGCCCGUGGCUCGAGCUCCUCUUUGGUCCGCGUGCCUACCUCGACCCCUCUGAUCAAGAGCACCUCGACUUAUGUCGAGACCAACACUGCCGGAGCGACUAGUGCUGCAUCGGCGACUCCCACCCACAACAGCGCUUCGAUGCGCCAGGUCUCGGGCGGUCUGGCUGCUGGUGUCGUCGCCGUUGCUGGUAUGCUCAUGGUUUAG